AUGGAUCCCAAUAUUUUAAACCUAAAUCCUACAGAAUUAAUAGCAGCAAGUUGGCAAAAUUCUUUUAAAAUUUCUCAAACUAAGAGAAAAGAUAAUGUUCAAACGGUUAAAGAAUGGGAAGAGAAAUUAACAAGCAUGUAUCAGCAAUUGAUGCACGAAGAAAAUAGAGUAGCCAACAUAUUUUACGAUCAUUUAAGUAAAUUCGUUGAAAAAAAAUUCUUUCAAUCAAAAGAAAAAUAG